AUGGACCCAGCAUCCAGAUCCCAAAACCUGUUCCAGGUCUAUCUUCGACUUCGCCCGCCGUAUCCAGGGGCGCCGCAGACAGAGCGCAUCCUUGACGUUGAGCCCGCUGGAGACAAUCUGCAUCCGUCCCACAUCACGCUCAACCCACCACCGGAUCGACGGAGGGCCAUCGAACGGUUUGGCUUCACGCAGGUCUUUGAAGAGGACGCCGGCCAGCUCGAUGUCUUCCACGACACGGAUACAUCGUCGCUGAUUGAGGGCGUGCUGGCGCCCCAGGGCGGCGAUGGGACAGAUGCUGUCGUGGCCACGCUUGGUGUCACGGGCUCAGGCAAGACGCAUACGAUCCUUGGCAGCCGCAACCAGCGAGGCCUCACUCAGCUGGCCGUGGACGUCGUCUUCCGAUCAAUCAGCGACAACAUGGUCGAGUCUGCCCAGUCGCCAACCCUCGACUCUCUGCAAGCAUGUGAUGCGUCCGAAUCUACCCUCAUCACGGCACCGUACUUUCUCGAUGGGAUGAACGGGGAUGCGGGACAGACGACAUAUCGUGGCUCCGGCUCCAGAUCAACCACGCCCAUGAUGGUACGAACCCAGUCAACCCUUUCGUCUGCCAAGACGUCCACUCCCAGUAAAGUUCCGCGAAGAAUACAGCAAAUGCCUGGAUCCUUUCCCGAUCAACGACGAACCCUGCGCCGAAAUUCAACCCUACUCAAUUCGCUUCCCUAUUCUCCCGACGUUAGCGACUUCGUUGUGCCUUGCGAUACCGCCGCCGAAUACGUUGUCAUUGUAUCAAUGUACGAAGUUCACAACGACCGCAUCUACGACCUCCUCACCCCGUCCAGCCAAUCCGGGUCCAACAAAGACUACCGCCGCCGACCUCUUUUGUUCAAACCUACUGAGCUGUCCCCUGAUCGCAAGGUAGUUGCCGGUCUUCGCAAGGUGGUCUGUACCGAUGUUCGAGAAGCCCUCCUGGUGCUUGAGGCUGGUCUGCAGGAAAGACGAGUGGCUGGUACGGGGAGCAAUAGUGUCUCGAGCAGGAGCCAUGGCUUCUUCUGCUUCGAAGUCAAGAAGAGGACCUUUGGCUGGAAGAACAACUCGUGGAGUGGAAGCAAGCUUACCAUUGUCGAUCUCGCAGGAAGUGAGAGGGCGAGGGAUGCAAAGACUCAAGGCGCGACAUUGGUGGAAGCGGGAAAGAUUAACGAGAGUCUCAUGUACCUUGGCCAGUGUCUUCAAAGCCAAAGUGAGAUCAGCGCUGGCAGGCAGGCCAAUGUUGUCCCUUACAGACAAUGCAAGCUUACCGAGAUCCUCUUCUCCAACUCGUUCCCAUCCACAGCGGGUUCUUACUCUCACCCUCGCCGAAACCCCCAACGAGGUAUCAUGAUUGUUACGGCUGAUCCUCUGGGCGACUUCAACGCAACAUCCCAGAUCCUUCGCUACAGCGCUCUUGCUCGGGACGUCACUGUUCCCCGUGCGCCAUCAUUUACUGGCAAUAUGCUAGCGCCGAGUCCCACGAAUUCUACGCACCACAACCGGCCGUUUGGUAACGCUGGCUUUGGAUCUAUGAGAAGCCACGUUUCGCCCUUUAAUGCCACCGACGAGAGAGUAACCAUGGAGAUCGCCGCGUUGGAAAUCGCGAGGAUGAGCGAAGAGAUUGAGCAGCUGCGCCAAGAAAGCGAAAUGCAGAGUGAAGCCCGUAUUGUGGCCGAGGCUCACCUCCUUAGUAUGGAGGAUCGCAUGAUUGACAUGGAAGCAGCCGUCCGAGAGGAAUGUGCGCUUGAAUUCGAGCAGCGCCUUGCCACCGAGCUGGCUCGAUUCAAAGCAUCUAUGCAGAUCGAAAAGGAACGCCAUGAGGAGCACUGGGACCGCAAGGUUGACAUCUUGGAGCGCGGCCUGGACACGGGCUUUGAGGAAGAUUUCGACAAAGAAAACGUGCUGGUGGAGAAUCUCACACAGGAAGUCGAGCGUCUGCGGCGUGAAAACAUCAUCCUUAAGAGGGAGCUCGCAAACCGCAGUCCCAGCAAGCGGAAGCCCCUGGAGGAGCGCGAGGACUUUGCCAUGCCCGGUAACAACGGCGGCCCAUCCAAGCCCGACAGUGUGUCGAGCAUCAGCCGCAAGUUUGAACGCAUAAAGAUCAGCGCCGACGGAGCUCGUAACGGGCCUAGCAGUCCUAAGAAGGUGCGAAGACUGGUGGCGAGGCGCUGGGAUGACCCGGAUGAUGUAUAAAUGGAUCGAUGCAGGCUUGUUCUUGCGCUGCUUCUACUUUCUUCUGGACAUACAUGUUCUUGAACACAAACUGCUUUGCAGUAUAAUUGGAAAAAUGACGAUGCCACGACCUAGGUAUAAAAGAAAAAGAAAUAUGGGUUUGGGGGGAAAGGGAUGAGAUACCCAUGAUUCAGGAUUUUGGCGAUGUGGGAGUGCAAGGUUUAUUGGGUGUUUCUUAUUUCUUAUGGUUUUUGUUUUUGUUGAUUUAAAUUGUAUGGAUUGAUCGCAUGGACAUAGUAUUCCUGUUUAUUAUUGACUUGCAGGACAUUAUUGUAUUAAUUACUAGUAUCUAUC